ACCCGCUGAGCGCUGGCUGGACGAGCAGCUCGCGGAAACGGUUCGUCCCGAUCGAACUGCGCGACAGCUUCGUGGCGGAUUACCGCUUGAUGUCGGGAAGGACUCGCGCAGUCAGUGUUCGUGACGCGCGUGUUUUCGGAGAGCGCGCUGGCAACACCCUCCGUUAACAUGUGAGAUGUGUACGGAAAGCUAUUUAACUGUGCGUUGUUUCUGCUAACAGACCGAGCAGCUAGCAGCAGCUACCCUCAAUCCAAUUAAUGCUAGCUCGCUUGAUCUGCUGCCCGCCUCCCCUCAAGCGUCGCGUCGGUAACGGAGCAAAAUGAAGAAGUUCAACAUUAGGAAGGUGCUGGACGGCUUGACGGCGUCCUCCUCCUCUGCGCCUGCCCAGCCGGGGACUCCCAGGGAGAACGACGGAGUCCCGGAGACUCUCCAGUCCGAGCACUUCCAGCUGUGUAAGACGGUGCGUCAUGGCUUUCCAUACCAACCGUCCUCGAUGGCUUUUGACCCCGUACAGAAAAUCUUGGCUGUUGGGACUCAGACUGGAGCUUUGAGACUCUUCGGCCGUGCAGGCGUGGAGAGCUACUGUCAGCACGAGAGCGGUGCCGCCGUUAUCCAGCUCCAGUUCCUCAUCAACGAGGGGGCACUGGUGAGUGCCUUAGCUGAUGACAGCGUCCACCUGUGGAACCUGAGGCAAAAAAUCCCCGCUAUACUGCAUUCGCUCAAGUUUAAUCGGGAGAGAAUCACAUACUGCCACCUGCCCUUCCAGAGCAAAUGGCUGUACAUCGGCUCAGAGCGGGGAAACAUCCACAUCGUCAACGUGGAGUCCUUCACUCUCUCAGGCUACGUUAUUAUGUGGAACAAAGCCAUCGAACUAUCCACCAAGACGCAUCCAGGGCCUGUUGUGCACAUCAGUGAUAAUCCCAUGGAUGAAGGCAAGCUUUUGAUUGGAUUUGAGUGCGGGGUGGUCGUGUUGUGGGAUUUAAAGUCCAAGAAAGCCGACUACCGCUACAGUUAUGAUGAGGCAAUCCACUCGGUGGCUUGGCACCACGAGGGGAAACAGUUUGUUUGCAGCCACUCCGAUGGCACGCUGACCACGUGGAAUGUUCGAGUCCCAGCCAAGCCCGGACAGAUCAUCACACCACAUGGAAAACAGCCUAAGGAUGGAAGAAAGCCAGAGCCAUGUAAACCUAUCCUGAAGGUGGAGUACAAAACUACAAGGGCUGGGGACCCCUUCAUGGUCCUGUCCGGUGGUCUGUCGUACGACACCGUGGGGAGGAGAGCCUGUUUGACUGUGAUGCACGGAAAGAGCACUACUGUCCUGGAGAUGGACUAUCCCAUUGUAGAUUUUCUAACGUUAUGUGAAACUCCUUAUCCAAAUGAUUUUCAGGAGCCUUAUGCAGUGGUGGUCCUCCUCGAGAAGGAUUUAGUUGUAAUAGACCUUGGGCAAAUUGGGUACCCGAUAUUUGAGAGUCCGUAUGCUCUGUCGAUCCACGAGUCUCCUGUGACCUGCUGCGAGUACGUUGCCGACUGUCCUGCUGAACUCAUUCCUGCACUUUACUCCGUCGGCAGCCGACAAAAACGACAAGGUUACAGCAAGAAGGAAUGGCCUGUUAGUGGUGGAAACUGGGGCCAAGGCGCUCAGAGUUACCCAGAGAUCAUCAUCACAGGUCACGCUGAUGGGUCAAUCAAAUUUUGGGAUGCUUCUGCAUUAAUGCUUCAAGUGCUGUACAAGCUGAAGACUGCCAAAGUGUUCGAGAGGGCUCGCGGUAAGGAGGAGCAGCCAAACGCAGACAUAGUCGACGAAGACCCGUUUGCCAUCCAGACCUUGUUCUGGUGCCCUGAGAGCCGGAUGCUGUGCGUGGCCGGAGUGUCUGCUCAUGUGAUCAUCUACAGGUUCAGCAAACAGGAAGUCACCACUGAGGUUGUUCAGCUCCUGGAGUUACGGAUGCCGUGUGAAUUCAAUGACUUGGACUCCCCUGAUCGAGGAGGGGAGCAGACUCCCACCCUGCCAGCCUCUGCAGCUCCCUGCAGCCCUCAGGAGGCCGAGCCGCCCAACCAGCUCUCCACAGGCGGCAACUCCUCUGAAGGGCCCCGAGACAAUAUACCAUGCCUUCUGGUGCGGAGCUCCCCGCUGAAGCAGUCUCCGGGCUACCAGGUGGAGCUGGUGAUCCAGCUGGUGUGGGUGAGCGGGGAGCCGCCUCAGCAGAUCACCAGCCUGGCACUCAACUCCUCCUACAGCCUUGUGGUGUUUGGAAACAGUAACGGUCUGGCUGUGGUGGACUACCUCCAGAAAACCCUGCUGUUCAACAUGGGCACGUUGGAGCUGUACAGCCCAUCCGACCCAUGCCAGAGACAGCCACGCUCCCCACGUAACCCACGGCAGCCCUCUGGAGGACUUUGUGAAUCCAACGACGGCUCAAAUAACUCGGAGGACCGAUGCAAGUCGCCCACUUCAGGAUCUAACUCACCGUGCAAUUCAGACGAUGAGCGAAAGCAGAACUUCAUAGAGAAGGUGAAGUUAAAAAGCAGACGCUUUUCCAAGACGGUUGCCAAUGACUUUGCCAAGAUGUCACGGAAAAUUAGCUCGCCUACUGAGCAAAAACCAGAGCUGGAUGUCAAGGAUAACGCGUUCAGCCGCUCGCGGAGUUCGAGCGUAACCAGCAUAGACAGGGAGUCUCGAGAGGCCGUCUCCUCUCUUUACUUCUGUGAGAGUUUCCCCAGGAAGUCGGACAGCCUGGUCAGCCCCUGUCUGUUGGUGGGCACCACCCAGGGCUCUGUGAUGAUGCUGGCUGUGUGUUUGCCACCGGGCGGUGACCAGCGGCUGCAGCAGCCCGUCAGCUUCUCCUCCUGCGGCACCUUGGCCAGACUUGUAGGAGGGAUUUUAACCAUGGCUCUUCUUGACGCUACUGGAUCUCUGCUGCCCCCUUCCUACGAGACGUGGUAUGACCCGAACGCCUCGGAUGAGGAGAAGGAGAAGGGCCGGAGGCGCAGGCCAGCCUCUCCCCCGUCAUCAGAAGGCCAGGACGCUCAGUUUUCUGUGCUGUGCUCGGAGAAGCAGGCCAAGGUGGUGGCCAUGCCCUCCCACACCUGCAUCUACAAACACAACAUCACAGAGACGUCGUUUGUGCUGAGGGCUGACGUGGUGCAGAUGGCCGGUGCUUACUGCCUCGCCUGUUUCUGUGCCAACGGCCACAUUAUGACCCUCAGCUUGCCCAGUCUGCGGCCUCUGCUGGACGUGAACUACCUGCCGCUGACUGACAUGCGGAUAGCAAGAACGUUUUGCUUCUCUAACUUGGGACAGGCUCUGUACCUCACGUCCCCCACUGAGAUUCAGAGGAUCACCUACAGCCAGGAGACCUGUGACAACCUACAGGAGAUGCUCAGUGAGUUGUUCACCCCCGUGGAGACGCCGGAGGCUCCAAAUAGAGGAUUCUUCAAAGGUCUUUUUGGUGGAGGAGCUCAGUCUUUGGACAGGGAGGACCUCUUUGGCGAAACAACUGCUGGUAAAGCGUCUCGCAGCCUAGCCCAGCACAUCCCCGGUCCCGGCAGCAUGGAGGGCAUGAAGGGGGCCGCGUCCGGGGUCGUGGGCGAUCUGGCCCGGGCCAGGAUCGCUCUGGACGAGAGGGGCCAGAAGCUGGGCGAGCUGGAGGAGAGGACGGCAGCCAUGAUGGCCAGCGCAGAGUCGUUCUCCAAACACGCUCAUGACAUGAUGCUGAAGUACAAAGAUAAGAAGUGGUACCAGCUCUGA